AUGGCAAGCGACAAUUUCAGAGAGACACUACAGCCUUAUUGUAUAACUGUUGAAGGUUUCCCACCUAAUACAGACGAAACCAGUGUGCGACAAAUAUUUACGAAUUGUUUGAAACUGGAAAAUAUUCCGGGUGUACAACCGAACGAAACAAAAUGGCUGAUGAUACUCCGCGACAGAGGUGAGGUUGAGAGUUUUCUGGAAAGAUCAGAAAUUCAUCUACAAAACAUUUCAUUGAAGAUUACGCCCUGUGUACCUUGUGACAUUCCGACCUCGUGGGAAAAGUUUGACCAACAGAGCUUAGGUACCCCUGGAUUUCCAAUAGGACAACCACAAAAUUUUGACCCAUAUGGUGGCUACCCUGGUCCCCCUGGUCACCAUGGUUACCAUGGUCUGCCACCUACAUAUCCAAACAUCCAGUAUCCAGGAAAUGGUCAGUAUCCUGGACAACAGGGGACUACACAUCUCAUUUAUGCAGGAUAUCCCCCAAAUUAUGGUGGACCACAAGGGCCAACUAGUAUGGGAGUGAGGCCUGCUGGUUCUGAAGGCAAAGACCAUAAGAUUUAUCCUGUGGCCUCCACACCGCCAGGGCCCCAAGUUGGGCAGCAAUAUCAUGGUCAGGUCCAAAGUCAAGAGAGCAAACUACCGGGAGUUAGUGGUGAAGAUGAUCACAAACCUUUACCAACAGACUCACCUAGAUCUGAUCUGUCACAAGAUCCAGUUAAAGACAUUGAUCAGGUAUCAAGCCUUAAAGGAAAGGAGUCACAUCCUUCAGAUGGAAGAACAGGACAGGAUGUAAAAUCAGAGGAGCAAAGGAAACAAGACGCACCUUACUUAUCCAUGCCAUAUAGCUAUGGACAGCCAUACCAUGGACCAGGACAGGAACCCAUGUACUCCAUGCCUAUGUAUCCUGGCCAGUAUGUCCCAAGAUUUCAAGGUCCUUUUCCAAGUCACCCACCACCACCCUAUCAUGUCCAUCCCAGAAUGCACUCUGGUCCCAAGAAUUCUCCAAGGAUGAUUCACCCACAUGUUCCAAAUCAAUCGUCACCCUACCAUGUACCUGAUGGAGGCGUUGAUUCAUCUGAUACAUAUGACAAUGAAACAUGUGGCCCUACAACUGUGAUUAGCGAGGAGGAGACAGAUGACGAAAGGGAGGAACCAUUGGGUAUGAUCAAAGUUACAGAUUUACCUCCAAACAUCACAGAAGAUUCUCUUACUUUGUUUUUCGAGAACAAAAAAAAAAGUGGAGGAGGGGAAAUAGAGGAUGUGGACUUUCGGAAAGAAUCAGCCAUGGCCAUUUUGACAUUUAAAGAUCCAGAAGUGGUUGAUCGCAUUUUACAAAAAGUACCAUUUUUGUUGGAAAAGAAACAGAUCAAAGUAGAACGCUUUGUUCCAGAGAGUUAUAAUUCAGGAAGUAUUGAUGAAAGCCCCAAAGAGGAAACAAAACCGUCUUAUACCAUAGAGGUUCGUGGCAUGAAGAAGGAUACCAGUGCUGACACAGUGGAACUUUAUUUUGAAAGCAAGAAGCCAGCUGGAAAGUUUGUGGAUGUUGUUAAGUUUGAUGAUUCAGAGAUAGAUGAUGGUGUCAUCUAUGUUACAUAUGAAACUGAAGAAGUGAACUGA